AUGGCAACUAAUAUAAGUCGUAAUGAACCGAUUGUGGUUGAUCGACUGGCCCUGAGUCGUGCUCAGCAUCUUAAGUCUCGCACAAGUCGUCAACAAUCUAUAUCCGACGAUGAAAAUGAUUCCAUAUCAGACUGGUCACAAUCUGAUCUCGAAUGUAGUCCGUUGAGCGACAUCGAAUCGGCAUCAAAUCUUAAUGAGCCGAUUGAUUGUGACUCUUAUCGAGUGCCGUUCGAUGAUGUUGACGAUUCUUUCGAUGAAAAGUUACCUACAGCCGAACCGAAAAUACCCGUUAAUGGAAUACGAUCAAAUGAUACACCUCUACCAAUUAUUAAUGAUAGUACGACAAGUACACAUAUGUCAUUUUCAAGUGAUACGGACAAAGUUAAACAACCCGAGCAAUCAUUGAGCAUAGCCGAUAGCAAACCUCCAGUACAAUUUCGAAAAGCGUUGCAAACACCAUUGCUACCUGCUCGACGAAUGCAAACGAAGCAAGUAUCUUCGCGUCAUUUAACGCCGAAUUCUCAUAUUCUAUCCCAAGUCACGAACGCGUCAUAUAAUCGUAAAACGAUAUCACCGAGUCCAUCGCGUUUGUAUUUACGUCGUGGAACAACGUCAACUAGCACGAGUGCAAAUACUCAUUCAACGAAAGAAUCCAAUUCAUCAACGCAUAGUUCUAUUCAAAGUGGUAACGACGAACGUCCUCCGCCGACUGCUUCUACUACUAGUUCGCAGCAGCGACCAGUCGCAGCGUCACCUAAUUUCAGUCAUUCAUCGACAAACAAUAAUGUUAUUUCACGCAUUUACGAGGUGAAAAAACUCUACGUUGAUGAUUCUGAUUACGGUCGCUUAAGUGAUGUUACAGCGAUUAAAAAUGUUCCUGGGCGUAGUCGACAAAAAUGGGGUACUAUUGUUCAUCCCCCAUUUCCAUUAGGCUAUCAACACAGCACACCUGAACAAGUCUCACAAGUUGUUGAACGUCUAACAAGUCCUGUGCGUUGCCGUGAUCGACACCAACCUGCUCCAACACCAUCUAAACGAUAUUUAUCUGUUGAAGAAACAGAAGCAUUAAUAAAUCGUUUGACCAAAGUCAAAACACUUCGCUCCCCUGAUCAAUAUUGGCCUCUUCCUCCGCAAACUCGUUCCGUGAAAAAUUUAAGUAAUAGAUUAAAAGAAAAUAAUAAUUGGAAAGGUGUUGGCAUUUCGGCCUGA